UGGGAAUGAAAGAAAUGGAGCUUGUCCAAGGUCACUCAGACAGUUCUAAGCAGAGCUGGGAUGUGAAGCUGAAUGUUCUGACUCCUAGUUCAUGUCUUCUCUCUUCCAGGUUCUCUCCCCAAGCCCAUUCUCUCAGCUGAGACAGACCUUAUCAUGACCCCAGGAAGCAAUCUGAGUCUCAAGUGCAAGAAGCCAGAUAGUGAUCAUUUAAUGCCCCAGAAAUGGACAUACCUUCUGCUCAAGGAGGGGAAUUCACAGCCUUUGCAGAAACACACUGCAACUGGGUCCUGGGCUAAAUUCAGCCUACUGUUGGUGACAGAUCAGGAUUCUGGAAACUAUAGCUGCAAGUACCUCGAAUUCCAGAAUCCACAAAGAGAGUCUGAGGCCAGCAGUGCCCUGGAGAUCUGGGUGAAAGAUAUACUGCAAAAACUCUCCCUCUCAGCCCUGCCACAAAGAAUCAUAACUCCAGGGGAGAAUGUGACCCUCCUGUGUCAUGGGCCAGCUUGGGGCAUGAGGUUUGCUCUGUACAAGGAAGGAGAUGAAAAACCAAUGCAGAUCCAUGAUCCCAUCCAGGAUGAAGCUGAAUUUCUCUUAACCUAUGUGACCACCAACCACACUGGGAAUUACAGUUGCCACCAUCACUCAGAUGCUGUCAACCAAGUCAUGGCACAGCCCAGUGACCCCUUGGAACUUAUAGUGAAAGGUGAGCUGGAUAUACCUCUCAGACAAGCAUUAGGAUCGACAACUAUUCUCAUCAUCUUCAGCUGUGCCAUCAUUCUCUUCUUCCUCUUUCUAUUGGCCUUCUGUUAUCAUCGCUCAUAUAUUGACAUCAGGGGCUGAUGACUAUGGAGGAGUGACAUAUAGCCAGUUGAACAUAAAGACCAUGCGUAAGGGGACGCAGGUCCUCAAAGAGAAUGAAAUCUAUACUGUAGCCCAGCACCAAAGGAAGCAGAGUCACUUGGGCCAUUUGACAUGAACUUCAAACAGAGGGCUUGGGAACCAAUGUGUCAGUUGAACAAAUGGUCGCAUAUGGGUGCUACACAAAUUUGCCAUGUGUGGUGCACCCAGUGGAGAAGCACAACUGCCCCUCAAAUUUCAGUCAUCUGACCUGUGGUAUACCACCUAUAAAUAUAGAUGUGUCAAUAACUUGUGUCCCUGAUUUAUAACAACUGGAAAAAUACUUUUAAAAGUCUUUAGAGUUACAAAAAUGCAAUAUGACAUUUUGCAUCUGGUCUGAAUAGACUACAUACCCAUAAAACAGGAUAUUACUUUGUCUGCUUGAUUUGGGGUUGUUCUUUCUUUCUGUGAAU